UUUAGUGUUCGCGGGUACUUUGUACGACAACCAUUUGGUUAAACCUUAGCCCAUUUUAGUGGCUCGUGAUCGGUACUGGUUUGCCCUUUGUUCGAAUGCAUAUGUACAUAUUAUGAAACCUUUACAAUUUCGAUAACUAUUGUAUUAAAAUGCGUGCGCUGGAGUGUAUAACAUAAUUAAAACAAAAAAUUAAUAAAAUCCAAAAUAUUUAGUAAAAUUUUCGUAAACAGAAAUAAAAGUUAAAAUCAGCUAUUAAAAUUAAAAUAAAUAAAAAAUAUUAAUAAUUUGAAAUGAGUUUUAUACAUCCGGAUGUAAAUAUGGUUACAAGGCCAAAUGCAUCGGCCAUUACUGAUUACAAUGGCAAUGCAGCGAACGCUGUUGGGACGCCACGCAAUAAUGAUGACGGCGAAAGCUACAGCGACGCCAGCGCUAGGGAAGCUGCUGAUCCAUUCGAUAAUAUGCCGAAGCGUAAAUCCGAAAAAAUCGAAAUUAAAAUUGUGCUCGUUAAAUUGCAGGCCGAAUCGCCGUUGCUGCCCACCAACAACAAAGACAAUACCAAUACCAAACCAGAGGAAACAAAUAAUAAUAACAGCAACAACAAUAAUAAUAAUAACAACACCGUACCUAACCACAUAUCAGCGAAAGCACAGCAACACAACUACACAGCCAUCAAUACCACCGCAGACUCACCGAUCCACCAAAGUUCCACAGACACAACACACAACCACAAUCACAGUGUUUACAAUUCGCCCAGCAUUAUACCCGCCACGAGAGAGCAACUAUCUGCAAACAGACUUUAUCUGGAUACACUUGCACCAUCAGCAUCGCCCACUUCAUCGGGACCGAGUAUCUACGGCACACCGGCCAGUGAAUGUCGACGUCGCAGUUCGAUAGCGUCUUUACAGUUAUUUGAUGGUAAUACGGUGACUAUAACCACCACCACCUCGACAACGAUUGAUGGCAGUGGUCAAACGGAAGAGAGCAUAAUCGAUUUCGACGACAACGCAGAUAAUACGGACAGCGAUAACUAUAGCGAAUCGAACGACAAUAGUUAUUCCACACCCACAACAGCGACACUGUACAGCAAUUAUCACUACACCCAAACGAGUACACAUACACACGAAUACAAUUUAUAUCCAAAAGACUUCUUCUCCAGCAUCGAGGGCGACCGACCGCAACACUGCUCAAAAAUGAAGACGAAAGUCGAUGCUGUUGGGCGCAUAACCGGAGAAUGGGGACGUUGGCAAUUACGUACUGUCUUACUAAUCUUCUUGUGUAAGAUCCCAUCGUCAUGGUUUAUGGCGUGUAUCAUAUUCACAGCGCCUGCACCGCGACAUGGUGAAUUCUUCUGUAAACCGCCGAAUACGGUGGGCGCACAAAACGACACAAUGUGGAUAAAAGUCUCACAUCCGCAGAAGGAGGAGGCGGAUGAUCAGGAAUUUAGUAUAGAUUUUUGUAAUAUAUACCAGGAUGCACAAGAGCACGCGCAUCACUAUUACCGUUAUGAACGACCCGAACUGGAACCGCGCGUAUGGGAGGAACCGACUUCGCGCAAUGCGAACAUUAUCCCAUGCCAGCAGUUCGAGCAUAGGGCCGAGUACCAUUCGGUAGUGACGCAAUACGAUUUGGUGUGCUCGCGUGACAUCUUGGUGUCAGUAACACAGUUCUUCCAUUUGUUUGGCGUCCUCACCGGCGGCAUAUUGGCGAAUCAUCUGCUCAAAUACUUCAGUCCACGUAAUGUGAUGCUCUUCGGCAUGGUUACACAAAUAUUCUGUGGCAAUCUCACGGGACUUGUGGUCUCAUACGAAUUACACGUCUUCUUCCGCUGCUUAUCUGCGGUUUGUUGUGCUCAAAUGUACACGGCUGGCAGUGUAAUAAUGGCCGAUAUAACGGGUGGCGUUUAUAAGACUUGCGUUUCGACACUCUUUGAACAAUUCUGGUCAAUCGGUGUUAUGCUGCUGCCCGGCGUAGCGAGUUUCUUCACCAGCUGGUCACAUCUCUAUAUGGCCAUCUCUUGGCCGACUGUGAUACUCAUAUACUUGUGGCGUUGGAUACCCGACUCACCACGCUGGAUGAUACAACGUGGUCGUGUAAUAGACGCUAAAAAUAUUCUCAUGCAAUGCGUUGAGGUGAACGGCACACGCUACGGUCUCCCGCAUGACAUCGAUCAGCAGCUGCAAUUGCAGGCGCAAACCGCUAUGGACGCACCACCACCACCAGGCUGGUGGUCCAUUUGGAAGGGUAAAAAUGUGGUGCGCAAUUUGAUUUGUGUACAUUUGGCGUGGUCGCUCUACAUCGUCGUGUACUACGGCAUGCUGCUGAACAUACGCUCGUUCAGUCGCGAGCAUCUCGAGGUGAAUACUGCGGUGGCGGGAUUGAGCGAAAUUAUCGGUACAUUUAUUGGACUCUUCCUGAUAUUGAAGACGACACGCAAAUGGUUGUGGACCGGUCUUUUCAAUGUGGUGGCUGGACUCAUUGCGUAUCUCGGUUGGCUGGUGCCAGAGGACAUACCGUUUGAUGCACGCGUUGCGCUACUCAUGCUCUCGGCCAUGAUCUCGAAAGUGGCCAUCUCCACCACACUCUCCAUACUCACCACCUGCACCGUGGAGCUCGUAAGUGAGGAGAAGCGCAAGAUCACCGCAUUCUCGGCGAUAUGUUGGGCGCGCUUCUGGCUAUUGGGUGCGCCAUUUAUAGGCGCCACUAUUGUCUUUGGCAUGCUAGUGCCGCAAACGGCGUUCGCGUCACUCGCAAUUCUUGGUGGUGUUUUAACCUCCCUCAUAACUAGUCCACGUACGAUCAGUAAGGAAGCGCUUGGCGGCAGCAAUCGGGCGACGGCCACACAAGUGGAUGGUAUCGAUAAUAAAGGCUUCACAACGGGACCCUCACUAAAUAAUCCAAUAUUUACCAAUAUUACGAAACUGGCCACACCCAACUCCAAUUUACCACCACAAAUGGUGCCCGGUGUGUGGACGACAAAACAUCACGAAGACACUCCACCCGUCUAAACUAGAAUCUAUAAAUCGUAUGGUCAUUUAUUGGCGAUAUAAUUGCUUAAAUUAUUUCGCUUAUGAAAGUUGUUAUGCUGUGUACAGAAUUGUAAUGCACAACGCUUCGUCGCAUAAAGCCGCACAGUGGGCAGUGGUCACUAGUAAUUGUUCACUUCACACACAAUUAGACUCUAUAAGUAGUAAACUAAAAUAUAAUUUUAAAUUCGAACAAACCAUAGCAUAGGUGGAGAACGGACUCACUUUCUGUGGAGAGCGCUCUAGCGUCGUAUGUUACAAUUCUGCACACACACAUUUUCUUUGUUAAAUAGUUUCCUUAAAAAGUCAUAAUUAAUAACUACAGUUAUAGUUAAAGAGAAAUGAGAUAAAGCUAUAAGCAAACAUAAUUAAUAUAAAGAUGUUAUGUGAAGAAAGAUAUAUGUAUAUAAAUGUAUGUAUAUAUUAGGGUGGAUGAAAAUGUGAUUGAUAAUUUUUAAGCAGAUUUCCUAAAGCUUAUACCCUACAAAAUGAUUAUGACAGGUCAUGCGAGCGUCAAUUUAGUUUUCGCUAGGAAGAUCCAGAACCUUUGCGUUCCGGAUCGAUACUGCUAUAGUCAAAGACAUUAAAUAUAUAUAUAAUUUGUUUUUUUUUUUUAUAAUUUUGCUUUUUAUGAUCGGGAGGUCAUAUAUUAAUAAUCAGAUAAAUUAUAUAAAUAUAUUAGUAAUCUAAUAAAUAAUAAAUUUAAAAUUUAAACAAAGAGAAUAAACCGUUUAUUUGUUGUUUUAGGACUCCCCUAAUACAUUUGAAUUAGUAAUAACAAUAAAUUAGACAUUUUAAUUUUUUGUUUUGUUGAAAUUGUCUUAUUAGAAAAAAAAUAUAUUUUGAGAGUUUUGACUUCUGCGUCGCCCCUCAGUCGCCUUCAAUCAGUAAUGAAAGCUUAUAUGUCAACUCAGCUUGUUGGCUUGAACUGGAAUUAUAUUACCAUUCUUCCUAAGAAACGGCAAUUCCUAUCAUUAAAGACAAUUGAGUUCAAGCCACAAUUGGGGUUAAGCCUUUCAUAGGUAUCCACGUUAAUAAAAAGCACUAUAUGUCAGCUCACUGACUAUAGUUGUAACGAUUAAGGACAUAAGUGCUUAAAAAAACUUAUUAUAUUUUCAGGGGCCACCCUAAUAUACAUAUAUUAGUAAGCUAACAAAUUAGACAUUUUGAUUUUGUUUUUAAAUAUUAAAUACAUUAUCUUAAAUGAUGCAAUGAGAAAUCAACUAACGAGAGUAAAAGAUACAAAUUUAUACUGUAAGUCGAUUAUUAUGAUAAUAUAAUUAUAUACAUAUGUAUAUACCAAGUUUAGGGAAUUCAUAUGUUAUUAGUUUCCCACAAAAUGUGUUUUUAAAUUGUUAACUCUUUUGGAAAUAUCUUCAAAUACAUAAAUUACAUUUUCGAAAACUAAAUAUGUACUACGUCGAAAUUAGUUUAUACACAACCUAAUAUCUCUCAACUCUGAAACUCAAUCUACACAAAAUCACACCUUAAAUGCACAAACUCUGCUUGAAUAGAAUGUGAAAUUCCAUAAUCAUAGAAUAUUUGCUGUUAAAACAAAAAAAAAUAUAUAAAAAAAUAUAUAUCUAAAAUAACAGUAUUUUACAAAACAGAAAUAUAAAAAUUAACAUCCCAACAUAUGUAUAUUCAGAUGUGUAUAUGCAUGAAUGUAAAAAAAAAUAUUUACAAAAGUAUUUUAAAGAUACCCGAGUGCAAACUCUAGCGCGCCAGCUCUACAAAUAAAAUAUCGAUCACUUCAUCAAACAUCUGCUUGUACAAUGUUGUUAAAUACGAAUCGGAAAAAUAAUUCCAGUAAAGAGGUAAUGUUAGUAGUGCCAAAUGAGGUUUUUUCCAUGUUUGAACAAAAUUUAAAUUUUGAAGACAAAAAUUGAACUUCUCAAUUUUCAAUUGGAUAUUGUCUAAUUUACAACAAAAUGCAUUAAUUAUUGACGUCUUGAACGAGAGGAAGGGCCAAUACUUCAUUUAACAACAAAAAUUACGAAACAAAAAUGCUGACAAUCCGAUUAGAGAGCCUAACCGCUUCUGUCAGUAGCCUGAAAACAGAUAAAGUUUUAGCAAAAUAGGGAAUUCAGAUCAGUUGAAAGCAAAGUAUAAAACCAAACAAAGAGUUUCUUUUCAUCUUUUCUAAGUUAAAAUUAAGAAAUUCAUGUUCCCAACAAAAAUAUAAAAUAUUUUUUAAAUAAAAGUUAAUUUUGAGUUUCAACAAAAUAAAUUAAAAAGAAAUUUUGACAGCUGUAAUGUUUUCCGAAACCAAAUUAUGUACAUACAUACACACAUACAUAUACAUAUAACUGUUUCGCAGGAAUUAUUUGCCUCGCACUAAGUGAAACAUACAUACAAUAUAUUACUCUUCAAUGCACAUCAAGCUUUAGCGAUCUAAAAAAAAGUACAAAUAUUAAAUAGCAUGUGUUUGAAAAGAAAACAAAACAAAAGAAAAACGAAUUGCUCAUAAUUUGACAGAAAUAUAUUUACACAAUAUUAAGUGAUCGAUAAUUAUAGACGAUAAACAAAUACUAACUAAUAACUCCCGCCUAAUAUAACUUUAAAAUGUACUUAUUGAUUUAAUAAAUUUAUGCUCCGAGCAACUUAGUAUCAAAAACCCAAAUCAUUUCGGAAAGAGGAACUUUUUUUGUUUUUUAUUUAUAAUUAUAUAAUUAUAUUUUAAAUUAACUUUUAUGUUUUUAUUAGACUUUAAUAUUGUUUGUUGUUGUAGCAAUCAGUUCAUCCUUGAAGUUGGCUAAGCUUUAGGUAGCUCAGGCUGGAGCUGUCAGAUGGCCGAUGAAAGUCACAACAAAUUAUAUAUUAUUAUGAUAAUAGAACAAACACAACAAUAACAACGUAGACGCACGAAAACAACUGUAUUAUUACUUAUAACAAAUGAAUUGCAGCUGCAGCUGUUAGUUUACUCUAAAGUUUGAAAAUACUUUUAAUCUGACAAUGAUGAAAAACAAUUUUAAUAAAUAAAAAACAAUUUUACUCGGCUUUUUUUCGUUCAAUACACGUUUCCUAGCAGUUCGUUAAUAAAUUAGUGUAUUUUUAGUUCGUUAAAAGCAUAAUCGCUUUCACUUUUUCUAAAUGCUAUUCCACAAAUGAUUUUGAUUUUUUUUUGGUGAGCUGAAAGUACUUGAACGUAUAUAAACCCGAUAAUUUUCAGAAUUACAACAUUACACAAUAUUGUCCUCAUAAGAAUGGGGGAGAGU